AGCCCAGACCUGGAAGUCAUCAGCCAAUCAGUACGAGCUUUUCCGACCGUUCAAGCUGCGAUACGUACCUGCUGCAUCUUACCCGGUACCGUUAGGCUAGGUUCUUUCUUACCUUAGCAGGCUUAGGGUCCUCCGUUCACUCUGUUAAACCUCCAAGGGAAUUUAUUACCUGAUACACUGGACCAACCAAAGACGCGUUGAGCUGUCGCGCUUGUCGACCACCAACUACGAUCGACGACAGAGCACAGGUCUGAUCCUCGAUCUGGCCUCCGCAUUCUCAUUGUUGGCAUUCCUCCUACACAUGACUUGCAUAAUCGUUAGAUAUGACACCUUCUAGCGCGUGAGGUCAGGUCGCGCAAUUCUGACUGUCGUUGAUUUACAGUGGCUUUCUCAUAAUCCCUGUUCACCUAGUCGUGGGGUUCACACGAGAACAGGAACUCAACCACAUGUCUACUUCCUUGUCAGUGUUGACAUGAAAUCUGGCUGUGAUUAUGGCGACCAAGAGGAAGUUCUUGGCACUUGAGGGUCCAAAGGAUGAGCGUUCCGGAAACAAGAAAUCAAAGUCGAUUCAAAUAAAAGGUCAGGUCAGGCACACGCUUCUACAACAGCAUUAUGAUGUCGUGCAGACACUCCGCGAAUACCUGCUUUCCAAACUGCCAGGGCCUUCGAGACUUCGCCGCAAGAAGAUUGCAGCACUGGGAAAAUACGAGGCACCAUGGGCACGCAUCCAAGACCACGACAUCAUACCAGAGCUUUCUUCCUUGUUAGACACAACCUUGGUCUGCACGCAACACCGCGCUGAGGCACAGGCUGACUCUCGGUGGGAGCAAUGGCGGUCGUUUUCUCAGAAAGCCGACGACUCGAUUGUGUCUCUCUCGGGAGAAUUGGCCCAAGCUACUUCCUCGCAGUCAGAGAUCGUUGACUUCGUUGUGUGGCAAAUAUUCAACAGGCACGCUGCUCGGCCGAAGCAUCUCCUCUGCGAUGGGUUCAGGAGGCAGGCUCAGAACAUUACCGAUACAAAAGGCCACAAUCGCGAUAGCGGGAUUCAGGGGCUGGUCGCAGUCGACCCGAAUCAUUACGUGCAGGCCCUCAAAAAAGCCCCUUGGCCACAAGUACUCAUGCUGCUCGGGAAAUCAGGAGAGCAGAUCAUGAUAGAUCUCCUCAUUGAUACGGCGAUAUUUCUCCCUGUGAGAGCCGGUCUCGGCAACAUGUACCAGCUCAGUGGUAUUCCCAUGUCAGAGACGGGCGUAGCCGCGAAUCAGGACAUUAAGAAACAGACAAAAGGAGAUGCCACAGCGCCGCCACCCAUACCUCAGGAGCGGCUCCCGUCAGAAAUCAGCUUCAUCAGAAAUCGCAUGCUCUACGCUCGAGCUGCUCUGACAGCCAAGGGCACGGUUCAAUAUGGAAUGCGGCACAUACAUGUUCUGAGUCGUUGUCCGCGUCUAUCGUGUUCAGAACAGGCACCCGAAGAAGAGAAGUCAAGAACGACACAGUCGAAUGAGCGCAACACGCUGAAAGUCAUGAUGUACAUCUUCCCUCGACAAUUCGGCUUACACAACGCCUUCACCUCCAGAGUAGACCACUCCAAGACAUCGCAAAGCUUCCAAGGCGACUGCGCGGAGACGCAAAACGACUGGUACAGAGGCUACAACUUCUCCACGGUCGUUGUGCUUACGCUGAGAUACUGCGGCACUAUUGCUCUUCUGCCGUUGAUGUCAAAGCCCGGAAAUCCGUCUCAAAGAAGCCGGUGAAGCAGUUCAAGAGACUUGAUCCUACACCGAUGGCGGGAAGAGACAGCCAGAUAGUCGCUACAUCUGGUGCGCCCAGAAAUAGCACGCAGAACCGCCCGAGGCUUCACCAAGCCGCGGCACCUCCGCCGUUGCCCAAGUUUGAUGUGAUCACUGACUUGGCGACUCCCGUAGCUCAUGUUUCCGCGUUCUGUCAGGCUGUACUGGUCAAGAUCAUUCCAGAUGAGAUGUGGGGCACUGGCGAGGACGGAACUUACAACAAGAGUCAAAUACUGAGGAAAGUCGACCACUUUGUCAAGCUGCGGAGGUUCGAGGCCAUGUCCCUCUGUGAGCUCGCAGACGGGCUCAAGAUUACCAGUAUGGAGUGGCUGGCGCCUCCAAGUCUCAAACGCCAGAAAACCAGCCUGACUGACAUGAAGA